GUUUUUGUUUUUAUGAUUAAUGUUAAUAAUAUUUUUUAUGUAAACCUUAGAAUUAUCGAAUUGGACAUCAAUAGGUUUAAGUAAAAUGGAAGAUUGUGAGGACUGUGAGGAAAUUUUUUCCCAAGACGGAGUAUUGCUGAAACAAGCUCCUGCGACACACAUAACAUUUGUGAAUACAAUUGGCACUUUGUAUAUUUCGGAAUCGUUGAAUUCCAAUAAAAAACGGUUUAUAGAAUGGAAACCGAAUGAUAUUACAGUCGAUUCAGAUAUACAAGAUCAAGAGUGGGCGGUGGUAAACACGAUACAAAAACGAACAAGAACGCUAAGCGGAAACUACCCACCGGAUUACCAAAACAGGAUAAAAUGCAUAAAACUGAAUUUCGAGGAUAUUAAAAGCUUCAGAAUAGCAAACAAAAGCAGACAAAUAUCGUUUUACGAUGGAAAAGCCGAUUGCUUGUGCAUCUUCGGUUUCCAACACGGUAGCUCCGAUGUCUUACUAUCUAUACUCAAAAGAAUGCUAAGAGUCAGCGUGUCGAAAAGAGACAAACAUUUGUACAUUGUUUACGACGCCAAUUUUCCCGAGUUUCAACAAUUGGACCGGUCUUUUGCCGAAUUGAACAUACAGCACGACUCGAGAACUUUAUGGAGCGUGUUUAAAAACUUGAAAGAUCACCCGUACGAAACCACGUUUGAAGCUUUUUCCAAAGUGACAGAUUAUGUUUAUAGAAGUCCCGAGCAAAGAGACUUGGACGACGUAGACAGAGAAAACCUUAACAGAAGUAUAUCGGAAUACGAGAACACCACGACCCAUUCCCAAGGGGAUUACGAAGUAGUCGCCAAAGUGCCUGAGAGGAAAGAUUUUCCAAGACUGAGACCGCUUUCUCUUGAACAAUGGAAAGGCCACAUGAACUCCGAAGGAAAAAUCGAGGAUGUCGAAUCAGUCAGAAACCUGAUAUUCAGAGGGGGCGUCACACCUUGCUUGAGAUCAGAAGUGUGGAAAUUCCUUUUGGAUUAUUAUCCUUGGUCUAGCACGGAAUUGGAAAGACAGAAAUUGCUGGCUUCGAAAAGUGACGAAUACUACAACAUGAAGCUUCAGUGGAAGAGAAUGACCAAAACGCAAGAAGAUAAUUUCACAGAUUACAGGGAGCGGAAGAGCCUUAUCGAAAAGGAUGUAAAUAGAACCGAUAGAACUUUGGAUUUUUAUGCCGGCGAUAACAACGCAAACUUGCAAACGCUGAACGAUAUUUUGAUGACAUACAUCAUGUACAAUUUCGAUUUGGGAUACGUCCAAGGAAUGAGCGAUUUGUUGAGCCCCAUAUUGAUGUUGCUCGAAAGCGAGGUGGAUUCGUUUUGGUGUUUUGUCGGUUUCAUGAACAAAGUGAUACGAAACUUUGAUAUCGAUCAAGCCGGCAUGAAGGAUCAACUGAGCAAUCUUCACACUCUCCUCGCCUUCGUCAAUCCGCAAUUGGCCAAUUAUUUGGAUACGCACGAUUCGGGAAAUAUGUUCUUCUGUUUCAGGUGGUUGUUGGUUUGGUUUAAAAGAGAACUGAGUUUGGAAGAUGUGAUGCGAUUUUGGGAGGUGUUAUGGACGGGUUACCCGUGCGAAAAUUUCCACCUGUUAGUCUGCGUAGCUAUUUUAGAAACCGAGAAGCCGAAUAUCAUUCAAAAUAACUACGGCUUCACCGAAAUAUUGAAGCAUGUAAACGAUUUAAACGGCAAGUUAGACAUGGCAGUUAUGCUGAAUAAAGCCGAAGGCAUCUUCUAUCAGAUUAAGGAAUCUGAUCACCUGACCGACAAUAUCAGAUUGAUACUAGGUUUACCGCUGUUGCAAUCACAAACCUCUUAUGGCAGCCAUGAACAAUCGCCCUUCGAAGACAGCGCUGAGUUGAGCAAUGGAACGCAGCCGUGCUGUUCCGUGGAUAACGUGCGAAUCAGUCCCGAUGAAGUGGCUUACGAGCGAUCGAUAAAUUCUAGUUUUUUAUAGUAAUUUAGUUUAUUGAUGAAAUUAAUUGUACUACUGUUGUGAUGUGUCUUGACAUGGGUAUAUACUUCAGAAUAUGCACGGUUUUAUAGCGCAGAAAGCUAUAAAAUCCGAUGCGUUUCAUGGAAAAAGACAAGUUGAAAUUCUUAUUCGAGCACAAUUUGAAUAGAGUGAGAAAAUAGUAAUUACCGGAAUUUUUUUUGAGUUGUGAUAGUGAAACUAAAAAUUCUGAUUAGUUGCAAAAAUGAAAUUUUCUUACAUAUUUUUGGAAAACCAAAUUUACAACGGUGUUAUCUAGAUUCUUACGCGAAUCUCAUUGAAUAUACCCUAAGAAACGGUUUCUUCGCCUUUGAAUUAGUUCUCUAUAAAAGGAACAUUUUAAAAAAACUUGAAUUACCUAUAAGGUUUGUUCCGUAAUAAAGCUCAGAAUUAUUCUUUACUCUCUUAAAAUGAUCUUAAUAACAGGAAAAAGACAAAUAAUCAAUUAUGAUUAAAGUAAAAAGACUCACUUUCGAAGAUUAAUUUUUCAGAACUUAUUCGGUGGUGGAUAAGCUGGUUCUAAGUCAAAUAUUUUUAUCGAUAUUUUAAUGUUUUCUAGUAAGUUUUCUAUAUCUUCGCUUAUUACAUUGGUGCAAGUAUAUUACACAUUACAUUUUUAUUAUGAAAAAUAUUUAAAAUAGCUUUCAUGUAAAACAAUAUUAACCAAAAAACAAGUAAUUCGAUUACGUAAGGCAAGGAAAGAAAUAUUUAUGGCGUACUAUUGUAUUCAAUUAGCAGCAGAUUUCUAUAUUAUGGCUUGGUGAUGAAGUGUUGUAAAGCCAAACGAGCCAACUUUGACAUAUCAAAUUUGAAAACAAUUAUUUGAUAUUUCAGAAUUAAUAAUUUUUUGAAACAAAGCCCGUGUAUUUCGAUCUUUGUGUCUGUUACUACUUCGAACCUUGGAAAAUGCCGAUUACUAUAUUAUUUGCUUAUUUUAUCACAAUCUUUCAUGAUUUUGGUGUAAGGAACUCGAGUAUAUUAUGACAUUAUGUAUUUGUAUUUGUUAUUUGUUGUAUUGUUUUUAGUAAUUUUAGAAGUAGUCCUUUAAUUUUAUUAAGUUUAUUAAUGAGCUGAGUAUAUCAAUUAAAAUUUUCAAUAGAAACAUAUACAUACUUGAAACUUUUCAUGAAUGCCAAAUUUUUGUCAUCAUGUACAUAGAUAUGCAAACAUACACAUUAAUUACUAGACACUCCGCAUGCUCUUAUUUGGUAGCAUAUAAAAAAACGUUAUGUACUAAUUUUUUAAAUAAAGUUUCGUUUAAUGAAUUU